AUUUGCAUCCUUUUGGUGUACUUUUGAAGCUAAAAUCUUGAACCCUCUUUCUUUUUGUACAUUUUCUAUAAAAUAAGCUGUUCUAAUCAACUUCUCCUCCUUGUUUGUAUAAAACUAGUGUAAAUUUUUGGGAGUCUGAGUUUGGUUUUCCUUCACUCAUGUGGGUUGUUGCAGAAUAAAGUUGUUCCUUGACUGGUCUUUCUUUUACCUGUUGGGUUUGAUGCAUGUUCUUCAUUUUCAUUGAGCUGUCUCAACUAUCAUGAUGCUUCAUUAAAGUCAGUCAGUUCAUUGAUGCCAACAAGAAAUGAAGCGAGAUAGAAAAAACCAGUUACAGUAAAGGGUUUUUAGUUGAGAAAUCAAAAUAUGGAUCUCAAGACAACAUCAAAAUACUACCAAGCUCCUCCUUCAUCAGCAACACCAUUAGAGUACAGCAAGAAGAACAAAGGAGAGAAUCCAUUUGAUGAUACAUUAGUAGACCCACUUUGUAAACUGAAUCUAAAGGAGACUUCAGAUUUUGUUAAAUCAUUUCAAAUGAAGAGAGAUGGGUCAGUGAGUUCAGUUCAGGGAAAUAAUAGGAGAUUGAUUGAUGCACCACCAACACCUGGUAGACCUGUAUUUAGUUUCAGUAGUAGUACCGGGAAUCAUCAUCACUCAAGAAAAGGGUUUCCAUCAAAAUGGGAUAAUGCUGAGAAAUGGAUUGUUAAUACUACUCAUGAUUCACCAGCUCAUCCUUUUGUUAAACCCUCACCAGUUUUUCAACAGAAAAGUGAGAUUUUCACAGAGAAAUCAGUAAGCGUGAAAUCUUUUGAUCAGCCUCCUAUUAGUACAGUUCCAGUUUCAGCUUUUCAUGGUGGUGGUGGUGCUGCGGCUGCAACUGAAGUACUUCUUAAAGAUAAGUUUACAAACAAUAUAGAGCCAGCAGCAAUAUUCCCUAACUUCAGAUAUUCGGAACCAUCGAAAGAAGGAUUUUUGUUUCGAAAUUCAACUUGUGAAUCAAUGAAAGAUGCUGGAACAGAAAUGGUUCCGCAAAUUCAACAUAGAGAUGUUGGGACAGAAAUGACUCCAUUAGCAAGUUCAACCACUUCUAGAUGUCAUACCCCAUUUAAGGUUGCUUCUCCUGCUAGACAUAAUACGCCACAAGAUAGGUCAGGAUUGUUAGCGACACCGAAAAGGACUAGUACCAACAUUGAUAUUUCAGAGCAUCAUUUUGCGAAACUUGAAAUGGGGAAUCAGUUUGAUUCCGUUACGUCGAAGUGGAGCUCAAGAGAAGAGGAAGAAGAAGAGAUUUCGAAGAGUUUGAGACAUUUUGAUAGUACGUUCAAUGGUGGUGGAUCUAGGAAGCAUAAUAGUGCAAUUGAAGUUAAAGCUGCUUCAUGGGAAGAAGAAGAAAGAACGAAAUGCUGUAGCAGGUAUCAAAGGGAAGAAGCAAAAAUACAAGCUUGGGUAAACCUCCAAAGUGCGAAGGCAGAAGCUCAAUCUAAAAAGUUAGAGGUGAAAAUACAAAGGAUGAGAUCAAAUUUAGAAGAGAAGAUAAUGAAGAGAAUGGCAAUUGUUCAUAGAAAAGCAGAGGAAUUGAGAAGUGAAGCUCAAAUCCAACAUUCACAACAAGUUCAAAAAGCUACAGAACAAGCACAAAAGAUGAUACUCAAGAACCAACAGCAACAGAACUCUUACUACAUCUCUGACCAUACAACUUCAUGUGGUUGUUUUCCUUGCAAUAACAGUCAUUUCUAGAUAACAAUGCCAUAGUCCUCCUUUGUUUUUAGGACCCAAGAUAGAACCCCAAAUAAAGAAAGAGUUUAUUUGUUGUUGUUGCCUUGUUGGGACUGGUGUGGUCCAUUGGUUGUAAGCUCUGUUGGUAAAGGGAAACAGUAGAAAAUUUAGAGCAUUUGUUUAUGAUUGUGAUGUAUCAGAGUGAGAUCCCAAACAGCUAUAACAAGAUGAUGACAUGAAAAUUGCAGUGAACCCCAUGUGGGGGGUUUUGCCUCUCU